CGCUUGCCAAAUCUGCCCUGAUCCCAUCGGCAGCGGCGGCCGCCACUGUCUCGGAAAUUCCGGCUGAAUCUGAUAGAUACGGGCAGAAUUCUAUCGUAUUUGUGUUUAUCUUUAAUCAAUUAUUAUCAGUUUUAGUUUAGGAGUCAUAUUAAUUAUUUAAGUGUUCUCCUUAGUUUUUUUAAGGAGUAAGUUUUUCAGUCCUUGUUGAAUUAGUAAAGGCAUUAAGAUUUCUGAAUUUAGUCAUAAAUUUGUACGUUGUAUUUUAGUUUUCAUUAAGCGAAUAAAAACUCAGAAUAUUGUAUUUUCGUAGGAGAUUUAGGAGUAGAAGACUAGAAGUCUAGAAGUAAACGUAGAUUUUUGUUCUACGUUAAUGCUUGAACUGUGGCAUACAGUAAUACAACCUCUUCGAUCUCCAAAUAUGCAUUCCUUCUGGCUCCGAGCCAAUGCCAUACUGACCUUCUCCAUCACCAUCCUCGCGUUCAUGUGCGCCAUGGCUAGCGUCUCCGACUGCUUCAAUUCUGCCUCCCCUUCCGCCCAAAUCCAGAUAACGAACAUCAACUGGUUUCAGAAACAGCGUAAUGGAAACGAGGAGGUGAGCCUCACGAUGAAUAUAACAGCAGAUCUGCAAUCACUCUUCACGUGGAAUACGAAGCAGGUAUUCGUAUUCGUAGCUGCAGAAUAUAGAACUCCAAAGAACGCGGUGAAUCAGGUGUCACUUUGGGAUGCAAUUAUCCCAGCCAAAGAGCAGGCAAAGUUCCGGGUUCAGACGGUAAACAAGUAUCGAUUCAUCAAUCAGGGAAGCAAUCUCAGGGGUAAGGAUUUAAACCUUACAUUGCAUUGGCAUGUCAUGCCCAAGGCUGGCAUGAUGUUUGCUGACAAAUUAGUCAUCCCAGGAUAUCGUCUCCCGAAAGAGUAUAGAUAAGAGCAAGAGGGGGAAGCCUAUAUAACUUUGAUGUCUGAUUCCAACAUAGCAGAGAAAUCGUGAAACUCAUUGAGUUGUGUUCAUUCAGCACAGUGAUAGUUUUGGUGGUCAGUUUGGCUUUCUGAACUUUGUCACUCUAACCAUGGUAGAUUUGUCCAAAGCAGUAUAUAUCAGUGUGUCGAUUGAGCUAGGAUAAGUUUUGUUAUCCGGAGACAUGUUAGUCUUGGUCGGUAAUGUUGAGAGAGCAAUGUUUUGUAAAAUCGUACUAUAGGUUGUACAUGAAAAGUCAAUGGCAGAAUAUUUUGUGAUUAAAUCGUUGUUUAUUCA